AUGUGGGCUCUGUGCAUGGCAGCAUUAGCUAUUAUAAGCAUCACACAUUGGGUUUACAGGUGGAGAAAUCCCAAAUGCCACGGCAAGCUUCCACCGGGAUCAAUGGGAUUGCCACUGCUAGGCGAGACCAUACAGUUCUUCACUGCCAACACCUCUUCUGAUAUUCCUCCUUUCAUCAAAAAAAGGAUGGAAAAAUACGGACCAAUAUUCAGGACUAAUUUGGUGGGAAGCCCGAUUAUUUUUUCGACAGACCCGGAUCUGAAUUACUUUGUGUUCCAACAAGAGGGAAACUUGUUUCAAAGUUGGUACCCAGAUACCUUUAUAGAGAUUUUUGGCAGGCAAAAUGUUAGUAACAUGCAUGGGGUCAUGUACAAAUACCUCAAAAACAUGGCGCUGCAUCUCGUUGGACCUGAAAGCCUUAAAAAUAUGAUCCCUGAAGUUGAACAAGCAGCUCUCAGCAAAUUACAACAAUGGUCAUGUCAGGACACUACAGAAUUAAAAGAUGCAACUGCAAGUAUGAUAUUUGAUCUCACUGCAAAGAAACUUAUCAGCUAUGAUUCGAGUAAGUCCUCGGAGAAUUUAAGGGACAACUUUGUUGCAUUCAUACAAGGAUUGAUCUCCUUUCCUUUGGACAUCCCUGGAACAGCUUAUCACAAAUGUUUGCAGGGAAGGAAAAGGGCGAUAGGAAUGCUGAAAGACAUGCUACAGGAAAGACGAGGAAAGUCCCGAGAUCAGCCAAACGACUUUUUCGAUUACGUGAUUGAAGAACUUAAGAAAGAGGGAACAAUCUUGACAGAGGAGAUUUCUCUGGACUUAAUGUUUGCGCUGCUUUUUGCGAGCUUUGAAACAACUUCAAUUGCUAUGACUUUAGCCAUCAAGUUUCUAUCAGACCAUCCUCUGGCGCUAAAGCAAUUAAUGGAAGAGCACGAAAUGAUUCUAAAACAAAGGAAAAAUGCUGAUUCAGGACUUACAUGGAAAGAAUAUAAAUCAAUGACAUUCACAUUUCAGUUCAUCAACGAAACGGUUAGACUGGCAAACAUUGCUCCAUGCAUCUUUCGAAAAGCGCUAAGGGAAAUCAAUUUCAAGGGUAUGUAG